UGCCCCAACACACACUGGGAAUGAUGGGGGGAGGGCGGUCGUCCUACCUUGAGGGCCUGGCACUCUUCACUCUGGUGUGGGCAAGCGUUUAGGUGCCAGAGAGACCUGAGUAGCUACAGAGGUUCCUGUAUAGAUCUGAUGGGUCCAGUUGCCCACACCCUUGGUGUGGUUUGUCAUGUACCUGUAGCUGCUGCACAGCAUGCACCACCACAGUGAACCUUCAAGUUCCCAUCAUGGAAUGCAAAGUCAGGCUGCUCGCAUAGGCUGGAACCCACCCAGUUCCAGUUGGACUCUGAGGGGUUGUUCAUACCCACCUGCCUUGUACCACCAACUUCCAGUCACCCCAGCAUCUCCUGGAGGUCAGACUUGGGUGUUCAUCCCAGGAGGAGGAGCCUGAGGGGCAGGGCUGGCAGCCUGACAGGUUUGACGAGUACCUGGAAACCUGGAGGGGGCUGGCCCCAGGUCAGGCACACUCCUUCAGGGAGGGGCACUUGCCUACCUAGUGACAGGCAAGCCAGAGAUUGGGGUCAGAGGCAGACGAAGCUCCAAGGUCUGGAGGAAGGAGGUUAACAGGUAGGGAGAGCCCAGAAGACCUGGCUCUGGCAUUUCUAUCUGGGCCCCAGACCCUGGUGUCCCAUUAUAUUUGUGACAGGAAUCUGGUGGGUUGUUGUGGGGUGGAAGGGCAGGUUCUAAUGGAUACUUCCGGAGUCUUAAUGCCCCUCUGGGAACCCUGAGUAGUUCUGACUUAGUGCUGCAUCCUCCCAGAUGAUUAUCGGGUACCCCCCUAAGGCAUGAGUAUUCUAGUUCUUCAAACUGUCCCUCAAGUGCCUAGACUGCAGGCCAGUCUGGGUCCAACCGAGAGCUCACCCCGUCCUACCUUCCCUUUUCUGCUCUUGGAGUUUUCCAGCAACGUCCUUCAGGGUGAUCUCAAGUUCAGCCCUGAGCCUCCCUUGAUUUCUGGGUGGCCUUUCAGACCCCCACCCCCUUGCAGCCUCCCGGUCCCUACCCGAGCGCCUCUCCCGGCAGGUUGCAUCUGAAUGCCGUGUCCUCGGCCGCCCUGGCUCCGCCGACACCGGCCCGCUCAGGGCUCCCCCUGCUCCCUGGACGCGCCGUCUGCACCCGGGUCCCCUAGCAGAGGGGACGAUGAGGAUGCAGAAGAAGAGGAUGGCAGCCCGGGCUCACACCCCAUUCUGCCUCCCGUAUCCCCCAUGGAGUGCCUCAUCUGCGUAUCGCCCUUCGACGGGGUUUUCAAGCUGCCUAAACGCCUGGACUGCGGCCACAUCUUCUGUCUCGAGUGCCUGGCCCGCCUGUCGUUGGCCACGGCAGGCGGCGGCGACGCGGUGGCCUGCCCGCCGCCGCCGCCACCCCCGCUGCGCCUCGGACGGCCGCUAUCGCGGCGCCUGUCCCUGAGCAGCCCCGCCUGGGCCUUCAAUGCUGCCGUGGCGCUGGCCGUGCUGGUGGCUGCGGGCCUCGUGGUCUCUGGUGUCUACAUCUUCUUCCUCAUCCCUCAUGCCACCUCCACCAGCCCCGCGCGGCCUCAGAUCGUGGCGCUGGCCCCUGCACCUGGCUUCUCCUGGCUCCCGUCCCGUCCCACCCCUGUGGUGCCCUGGACCCCAGCCUGGACGCCGCGCCCCACAGACCGUGACCUGCACGACAUCCUGCCAGAGGCUACCAAGGACACGCUGGAGCUUGAGGAGGCUGCAGAGGAUCCAGCAGAGGCAGAGAGAACACCAGACACACCAUUGGAUCAAACAUCUGAGACGGACCUUGGUUGGGGCCUGCAGGCUGGGGACCGGAGGAGGGUGUGGUCGCUGCAGUAAAAGGCUUGGUGCUUCAAGCCCUCUGUGUCCAUCUGAGGUCUGCCUGAGGGUCCUCUGUGCCACCCUGGAGGGCCUUAACGGAAUGCAUACCAAAAACGCCCAUUUCUCCAGAUUGGUGCCUGGGAAGGCAUGAACUCCCUUGACCGAACCACAAGAAUCCUCCGCGAACAUUGAUUCCCACAGGAGUCAACCUGGAGAUUACAUCUGACUGAUUCCCAUGGCCAUCCAGCUGAAUGUUCCUUGGCCAUGAUCUUUGUAAUGGUCCUGUUGAGGGAUCACUUCUGAACCUCAUUCCUGUGUGGGUCUAGUUGGGAAAUCCGGGGUCCUCAUUCUGGUGAAAGUCCAGCUGAGCUGACCUCUCCUCCACUGACAUCCAUACAGGGGGUCUGACAGGGCACCCUUAGCCUUGAUCCUGAAGGGCAGUCAAAGUCAUCAUCACCACCACAGCCCCCUGGGGGGAACAUUUCCGGCUAGCUCUGGGACUGAAGAUUCUGAUCCACUCAUUCUUUGGGCUCAAUCCAGGCAGCUGGUACCCCCCCAUCUUGGCAGAGUAAACCUGCUGUUACUAUUACUGUCUGCUGAAGUUCCUCUCUGCCCACUGGCAGGGUCCACUGCCUCCUACACAGCCAGUCUGAAUUCCAACACCCUACAUACCUGGCUGGGAUACAGGCUAUGAAGUGGGCAGGGAUGGCCUGACUGGGGUUAGGGAGGUUAGGGAAGGCCUUGACAUUUGAAGACAGGCUCCCACUUGAGGACCUAAAUCCUGAACUGUUCUGGGAAUCUUGACAUCCUCUCUGAAUCUUGGCUUCUAAGACCUUCCCAAUACAUUAUGGAACAGGUGUGGUCAUCAUGACUGAGAGAGGUCAAGGCCACCCUAUGGUUCAGACAGAAACACGAAAUAGAGUGAGGUCCUGGAUCUCCCUGGCUAGCAAGAGAUACUGGUCCCUUCCCUGCUUAAGCUCCAUCGCCCCCAUUCUUUCCUCCUCGGGGGGCUCCACCAACCCUGUCCAGCUUCCCUUCUGUGCCUCAGCUGAAGCCUUUCCAGUAUCCACCUCUAUGGAAGGUGGCUCCUGUCUUCCUCCCACAAGUCUUGGCUUAUAGUCCCAAAGCUGGGGAAGGGAAACAGAGAGAGGGUGGUUACUCUGAACAGACUGACCUCACCUGGCAUGAGGGGCUGUGUGUUAGGGGUGGGCACCGAGCAUUUUCCAGAAUGAAAUGUGUGACUUCUGUCCAACUGGAGGCUCCUGUGUGAUUUGUUUACAUGUGUGUUCCCAGCAUGCAACUGAUUCAGAAUGGUUGCUGAGGAGUCUGCAUCACAGAUGACCAAGGGAAGAAGCAGCCUGAAAAUGGCCAUGGGCCCCCUAGGCUUGCUGGCUCCCAGCUGCCCUGAGCCCAAGAAUGUCUAUAGAAAUAGCUCAGGUACAAGAUGCUGCAUCCAAGUGGGA